AUGGUCUCUGAGAAAGCGUUUCCCCUGGCGGAUGCCGAGCUGACUGUGGCAUUGUUGGAUCUGGUCCAACAAGCGACCAACUACAAGCAAACGAAAAAGGGAGCCAAUGAGGCUACCAAGACGCUCAAUCGAGGAAUAUCGGAACUCAUUGUCAUGUCGGCCGAUGCCGAACCCAUUGAGAUUCUACUGCACUUACCACUCUUGUGCGAAGACAAGAACGUCCCGUAUGUAUUCGUCCCCAGCAAGAUUGCCCUAGGGCGAGCCUGUGGCGUUUCCAGACCCGUCAUUUCUUGCAGUAUCACCACCAAUGAAGCAUCCCAGCUCAAAACCACUAUUGAACAAAUGAAAAUCAAAAUUGAACAAUUGUUGGUGUAA